GACUGAGGAACUGUGUUUUUAGGCUAGGACGCGCACUGCCCCCGCAGAACGCUGUCCGCCCGGUAUAAAGGGAACGGCCAACACGAUCAUCAUCAUCAUCAUCAUCAUCGUGGAAUCUGGCUAAUCCGCUUCGAAGGACGCUGUCGUCUGCCGCCAAGUCUGGGGCUGCUUUGUUUUUUUCCGGCACGUCGCCCGUAUUCACAUGUGACACUUUUUAGUAACGCGGAUACUAUCUCUACGCUUGCAUCCUUCGCGUGAGAUGUCGUUUCGCAGCGUUCCUGACUCCAGGAAAACUUCCUUCGAAAACCUCGAUGUUUGAUUUCGCACGCCAAGGAUGCAGCUACAGCCAGACCCCAGACGAAGCGAAAGUUGGAAGCAGCUACAUCACUAGCGGGUAUCCAGAUGAAGCAAGGAGUGUUCAUGCUGUCCGUGUAUGCUCCUCGCAUUUCACCGAUAAUGUGUACCUGGAUGAGAACAUCGUGCAAGUGCAACUUGGAUUGACACAAAAAAGGAACGAAUUGAAACUUGACGCCGUUCCGACAGUAUUCCACGAACAAAGCGAGCCAGCAACUUCGACACUGCAGGCUGCUCGACAGGGUAAAGCGCAAGUGAAGGACCAGUUGCUGCUGAUCCAAGUCCCAUCCAUCCAUGAAACGGCAUCAAACAAUGAUCUUCCAGAACAGUGCUUUCUUCAUCCAAGUUCAAGAAGUAAAGAGAAUGACUUCAUGGCUUCUACUGACAUCUCACAGCUACAUGCCAAGACAAAAUAACUUGAAAACAGGAAAUGAAAAGAAAAAAAAGGUCCGUUUCAUGUCCACCCAAAUCUUUGUGCAGAGGCUGACAACAACAACGUUAUUGUGAGAUGAUGAAUGAUGCUGAUGCGGCGUUGAGAUUAAGCCCUUGUUUCCUUUUUUGUUCUACGAGGCACUGUCACAUAAGCAUUGGCCAAAUUUGCUAUCCUGUGAGCUUUGAUAGGAUAUGCCGUAGAUAGUAAGAGGCCUCUUACUGUAAAAGGGAGGUGCGUUAUUCGAGUAGUGGGGUCUGAGGCAUGAGGGUCAUUUCAGGAUGUACUAACCCUUCCAAAAUUUUACACUUGGUUGUGCCCAGAGAUCGAUCCAGAUCCCCCCCCCCCCAACACCCCGAGUUUUUUUCCUGUGUACCACUGUUAUAAUGAAACCGUCCAAUUUACUGUCCAACCGUCCCGUUUUCAUUGCAAUUGAAGUACUUACGAAACUGUUUAUUUUAUUUUUUAUUUUUGUGACUCCCCGCUUCAGAUCCCAAGGGACAUUGCCAGUGUGGUGCACGCUCAUAACUGUCUGUGCAUAGCAAAUAAUAAAUAUCUGUGCGUGAAGAGUU